CAAGAAUGUCGUUGCUUUUCUAUUUUCUCUUGUUUCUCUAUUUGCAUCACAACUUUUUUUCCUUUGUAAACUCACGAGAUUUACGUCUAGCCUCCGUCGAUAUAGGCCAUGUUUCCACCAUAUCCAAACCAGAAAGUAUUAUUGGCUAUGGAAGAAAGACACCGAAACUAGCAAUUUUUAUUCGAAAAGGUGGUGGCGGUAAGGGAGGAGGAGGACGCAGUGGUGGUAUCAAAGGAAGAGGAGGAGGAGGAGAAUAUGCAAGGCAAUCUCACGGCGGGUACCCGUUUUUUGUGGCUUCGUCGCACCACCAUGCUAAUCCAUCGAGCGGUAGCCGGUAUGUUAUUGGAAGGCCAGGGUGUGGCUGGUUGGGUUUAUUAUCCGUUUUAGCCGGAUUUGUUUUGAUUUCAUAGUAUUUAUGAGAAUGCUAAUUUUAGGAUUGUUCCUUAGAUUUGCAUAAUUUAAUGGAUUUAAAUUUUAAAUAUAUUGUAGGAGUAUUAU